ACUCUUCUCCAGCUAAGGACUGUUAUUUGGUGGGAAGGGUAGAAGUUCCUGAGGACCCCUACUGUGUGGGCUGGCUGGCAUAGGUGGUAAUGAGGUUCCCGUAGAAAGCUGUAGGUAGUUUUUCACUUUGAAUUAAGCAAGAGGACGAAAACUAUUCAUUUGGGUCCAAGUGGUGGCUAUAGUGGCCUUGGAGUGACAGAUCAUCACCUUCAACAGGUCUGUACUCAGAAACCAUCAUCUUCACUCAGGCUGAAUUCCUCUGCUUGUCUCUGUAUCACUGACAGAGGCUAUGUGUUUUGGAAGGGGACUGUGUGACUGUUGAGCUAAUGAGUAACUCUUGCUACAAAGUUUACGUCUGACCCAGUGAAAGAGUGUUAAGGCAUUGACCUGGGACACAUUGAGAACCAAGGCCAAGAUUUUAUAGGGCUAUCUAUAUAACUGGUCUUCAACCAUGACUGGGGCUAAGAAUGAGAGUAGAAACAAAGCCAAAACUCAAAAAAGGGCUGGUGUACAAGCUGAAGCGAAGAGGGAGUCUACUGGCAUAGUCAGAGCUGUAGUCAAGACCCAGGACAAAGCAACAGCCAAGGCAGGGUCUCAAGCUGAUGCAGCAACAACGACGAUGAAUGCAAGGUCUAAGAACAGGAUUGUUACUGAGAUAAAGGAAAGAGCCCUGGCAGAUUUCAGUCCCAAAGCUGAAGACGGGGUCACUAGAGUAUCUGGGAUGUCUUCUGUGGCUGAGGUUAAUGCUGAGUCCAGGUCCACAUGUAAAGAUAAGGCUGGUAUUGAUACCUGGUUUUGGGCUGGGGAAGAGGCCAGUGUUGGUUCCUGGUUUUGGAAUGGAGAAGAGACUAGUAAUCGUUCUAGUGCUAAGGAUGAAGGUAAAGCUGGUAUAGGUCCACCAAUCUGUGCUGAAAAGUUAGAACCUGUGGCUGGGGCCAGCUAUAAAUCUAGGCCAGGGACUGAGGAGGAGGAGGAAGAAAAUGUUAUUGGGAACUGGUUUUGGGAUGGAGAUGAAACCAGUUUUGAUCCUAAUCCUAGACCUGUGAGCAGGAUAGUUAGGCCCCAGCCUGUGGAUGAAAUUAAUGAAAAAAAUAGGCCCAAGGACUGGUCUGAGGUAACUAUCUGGCCCAAAGCUCCUGCUGUAACUCCAGCAGUGUUAGGCUUUAGAUCCCAAGUCCCAUUUGAGACAAAGCCUCCUUCAUAUAUUGUCCUGGCCUCAGCUGAGGAAAAUACCCCUUCUUUGCCUGUGGAAACAACAUGCCCUUCUAGGAGCACUACUUCAUGCUCACAGCCUGUCCCUGAGUACCCAUUUGGUUCUGGCCCUUGCAUCCAGACUAUAGAGGAGAUUAGACGCCAAAUCAGGAUCAGGGAAGUGAAUGGGAUUAAGCCUUUUGCUUGCCCUUGCAAAAUGGAAUGCUACAUGGAUUCUGAGGAAUUUGAAAAACUUGUUACCUUACUUAAGUCAACUACUGAUCCUCUUAUUCAUAAAAUAGCUCAAAUUGCAAUGGGGAUCAUUAAUGUUCAUCCCUUUGCCCAAGAGUUUAUUAAUGAGGUGGGUGUAGUGACGCUUAUUGAAAGCUUGCUCAGUUUUCCUUCCUCUGAAAUAAGAAAGAAGGCCGUAAUUACUCUGAAUCCUCCUUCUGGGGAUGAGAGACAACGCAAGAUUGAAUUACAUGUUAAGCAUAUGUGUAAGGAAAACAUGUCUUUUCCCUUAAACUCACCCGGACAGCAAUCUGGAUUAAAGAUACUAGGACAACUGACGGCUGAUUCUAACCAUCACCACAUUGUUGCCAAUUGCUUUGCAGAGCUUUUCCAUUUGCUAUCCUUGGGAAAUCGUAAAACCAGAAAUCUUGUUUUAAAAGUACUUUUGAAUAUGUCUGAAAAUCCAGCUGCAGCCAGAGAUAUGAUCAAUACAAAGGCCUUAGCAGCAUUAAAACUCAUCUUUAACCAGAAAGAGGCAAAAGCCAAUCUCGUUAGUGCUGUGGCCAUAUUUAUUAACAUAAAGGAGCAUAUCAGAAAGGGUUCAGUUGUAGUUGUCGAUCACAUGAGUUACAAUACACUGAUGGCCAUUUUCCGUGAAGUUAAAGUAAUUAUUGAAAGAAUGUAAAAUGAGCCAGAAAUAAAAGUGAAUGCUUUGAACAAUCUAAUAGGCUGUGUAUUCCUAAAGAGCCUUACAUAAUGUUUUGCAUGUUACCAGUGUGUACAUUAUAAAAUCACAUCUUUAACAUGACAUUACCUGCAACAGUCUCUAGGUUUGAGCUAGACCAUUUUUGAAAUAUCAAAUGAGUAUUGCAUUGUAAGCUGAAAACAUCUGUUGAUUUUAAUCUUGUGUAGAUGGGCAACUUUUUAACAUUUUACUUAAGAUAGUGAACCAGUUCAUCUUAAAUAGGGUAAACUUGUUCAUUAUUAUUUGCUUGGAUCUAUUUCUAAUGGCAAAAAAAAAAAGAAAAUGUCAUUGAAAUUUGUAAUUGCAGAAAUAAAGCAUAUGCACACAAAAAGAUAAUAGGACUCACAUAUAUCCAUACAUAUACAGACGAAUUGCUGAAUGUGCUCUCAACAUGUAAAGAAGGCAGGAGUUGCUGUAGGCUGUUUAAUGUAAGAGGAAUUAGUGUUUUCCCCUUAUUCAGCCUUUAUCAGAUAACUCAUGGUAGGAAUUACAACUGCUGGUGUAAACUGAAGAGAAUGUGUGAAAAUACUAGGUUAUAUGCUUUGAGAUUUUUCAGUAGUUAUGAAACUAAAACAAGAUCAUACUGUAAAUUAUUUGUAACUUUCUCCCCCCUGACUAUAUAUUUUGGGCAUCUUUCCAUAUCAAUAAAU